AUGGCUACAGUGCGAAUCUGCGUCUGUGGGGAUGAAGGUACUGGCAAGUCCAGUCUCAUCACGUCCCUGGUGAAGGGCGUGUUUGUGACUCACAAAAUCCAGCCUAUUCUACCCCAGAUCACGAUCCCUCCUACCAUUGGAACUCCGGAGAAUGUCACGACGACGACGGUGGUCGACAGCUCCGCCCUACCGCACGAGCGCAGCAGUCUAGCAAGGGAGAUUCGCAAAGCAAAUGUAAUUUUGCUGGUAUACUCAGAUCAUUACAGUUACGAAAGAGUUGCGCUAUUCUGGCUACCAUACUUCCGGUCUCUGGGGGUUAACGUGCCUGUGGUAUUGUGCGCUCACAAGGCGGAUCUCGGAUCAGAACACAGUGAAACACAGGUCAUUGAGGAUGAAAUGCUGCCGUUGAUGGCAGAGUUCAAGGAGAUUGACUCCUGCAUCAGGGCUAGUGCUCGGGAACACCGCAAUGUCAACGAGGCUUUCUUUCUCUGUCAAAAGGCGGUUACCCAUCCGAUUGCGCCGUUGUUCGAUUCAAAGGAGUCGUCCCUAAAGCCGGCAGCGGUUGCGGCAUUGCAGCGCAUCUUCUACCUCAGUGAUAAGGACCGGGAUGGCUAUCUUUCGGACAAGGAAAUCAAGGACUUCCAAAUGAGAUGCUUCGAGAAAGCAUUAAGCGAGGAGGAUUUGGUACACAUCAAGGAAACCAUCCAGAAGACGUACCCGGCUUCCGUGGCCCCGUCAGGGGUCGAUUGCAGGGGCUUCAUCCACUUGAACAAGUUAUAUGCGGAGAAAGGGCGUCAUGAAACUGUCUGGAUUAUCCUGCGGGCGUUUCAGUAUACCGACAAUCUCUCUCUGCAGGAGAACUUUCUUCACCCCCGGUUUGAGGUCCCUCCAUUUGGAUCUGCAGAAUUGUCGCCAGAAGGCUACCGGUUUUUCGUGAAUCUCUUCCUCCUGUCAGACAAAGAUAAUGACGGCGGUCUCAACGAUGCCGAACUGGCGUCCUUGUUUGCACCCACGCCCGGUUUACCCGCGUCUUGGGCGGAUGGCUCAUUCCCCUCAUCGACAGUGCGCAACGAAGCCGGCCAUGUCACUCUUCAAGGGUGGCUUGCGCAAUGGAGUAUGACUACUUUUACAUCUCCCAAGACGACUUUGGAAUAUCUCGCCUACCUAGGAUUCGAAUCGUCAGACCGAAGCAACCCAUCGACAACCGCGGCAUUGAAAGUUACGCGGCCACGCAAGCGUCGACGGCGUCCGGGGCGUGUCGGACGAAAUGUUGUCCUCGGCCAUGUGCUAGGUCCUCCGGGUUCCGGCAAGUCUGCGCUCCUGGAUGCCUUCUUGUCACGCGGUUUUAGUCCUACUUACCACCCGACUAUCAAACCCCGGACUGCAGUGAAUACGGUCGAGCUUCCCGGAGGCAAGCAAUGCUAUCUAAUCCUAGAUGAAUUAGGUGAACUGGAACCGGCCAUUCUCGAAAAUCAAGCGAAGCUCCUGGAUCAGUGCGACGUAAUCGCAUACACUUAUGACUCGUCAGACCCCGAUUCCUUUGCCUACAUCCCUGCAUUGCGUGCGAAAUACCCGCAUCUGGAGGAACUGCCGAGCGUGUUCAUUGCCCUCAAGGCCGAUCUAGACCGGACCACCCAACGGGCCGAGUAUCAGCCACACGAAUAUACCGCCUUGUUAAAUAUGCCCAGUCCACCGCUCCAUGUUAGUGCCACUUGGAGUUCCAUCCAGGAGGUGUUCGUGCACAUCGCCGAGGCGGCGAUGGAGCCCAGCACCGCGUUUCCCCGGAGCGAGGAGGAAGACGAAAGUAAAUGGAUGGCUUGGGGGAUUGCUCUAGGGGCGGUAGUAUGUGCGGGGGCCGCCGCGGUCAUGAUCUGGCGGCGAGUCAGCGGUAGUGGAGUCUGA